CCCCAGCCAACCAACCAAGUGCACCAACGGACAAUCCGCCCGAGCGUCGUUUUCUCGCUUUGUCCCUUCUCCGUUUGCUUUUUGUUCAUUUGAUUGCUGCGACUCCCGUCUCUUUCUCUUUUGUCUUCUACACCCUCCCACCUCCAUCUUUCAACAUCGCCAUCGUCGUCCACUCCACCACCCGCCCCGGGAAUACGCAGCGUCGCAUCGCCCUUUUGUUGCUUCCCCCCGUCGUUCAUUUCAGCCUGCCUCCAGUCGCGACUUCAUCUCAACAAGACCCGCACGCUCGCAGCAGCCUGGCAGCCCAUCAUGGCUUACUACGAUGCUGCCGCUCAGGCUCAGCGCCAAUACGGCAACCAACCGUCCUACAACGACCCUCAGCCUGCACGCUUCAACCCGGAGCCUCAAUCCUACGGACAGCAACACCAACAGCAGCACAACUACGACACGUCCUACUCUUCCUCGAAUAACCAGCACGCUACUCCGCAGCGCCCAGGCCAAGGCCCUUCACCGUUUGACACCGUCUUCGACGACCCGGCCUGGAGCACUCGCAACGAACGGCCCAACGACCCUUACGACAAGAACUACCAAAAUACCGGAGGCUACGGCUACGGCGGACCCAGCUCUCCUGGUGGCCCGAUGCAGGACGGUAUUCAGAUGAACGACCGCCCAGGCGGACACCCUGACAACACCAACGACCAUAUCUACGAUGCCAGCGGUAUGCCUCCGCCGAGGAACCCCAAAGACCAGGCCAAGAUUCAAUCGGGUGAGCUGGGCAUGAUUGGCGCCAGUAAGAAGCGAAUCCCCUGGGUCGUCUACUUCUUUAGCGCUGUCCAGGCCGCCGUCUUCAUUGGCGAAAUCGUAAAGAAUGGCAUCCUCACCGGCUCCCCCAUCAUGAUCAAGCCUCAGUUCAACCCCAUGAUUGGCCCGUCACCGCAGGUUCUCAUCAACAUGGGCGCUCGAUACACGCUCUGCAUGCACAACGACCGAUCCGUUCAGGGACAGACCACUCCUGUCCAGUUCCUCUGCCCCAAUGCCACCUCCAAUGACAACAACCCCAACAACUUUUGCCCCCUCUCCACCGUCUGCGGCUUUGGCGGCGUUCCGGACCCCAAGUUCAACGGCGACUUUUACCAGGACCCGGCCCCCAACCAGUGGUUCCGAUUCAUCACGCCCAUCUUCAUGCACGCCGGUCUAAUUCACAUUGGCUUCAACCUUUUGCUCCAGCUCACUCUUGCCAAGGAAAUGGAAAUGGCCAUUGGCUCUAUCCGAUUCUUCAUUGUCUACAUGAGCGCUGGUAUCUUUGGCUUCGUCAUGGGUGGUAACUUUGCUGCCCCUGCCAUUGCGUCUACUGGAGCAUCUGGCUCUCUCUUUGGCAUCAUUGCUCUGACGCUUUUGGAUCUGCUCUACUCUUGGAAGGAGAGACGCAACCCCGUCAAGGAGCUCAUGUUUAUCAUUUUGGAUGUCGUCAUUGCUUUUGUCCUUGGUCUUCUUCCUGGUCUCGACAACUUUUCGCACAUUGGUGGCUUCCUCAUGGGUCUUGCCCUGGGUAUCUGCGUUUUACACUCUCCCAACGCUCUACGCAAACGGCUGGGCGAGGGAGCGUCGUAUUCCGCUGUCGACGGCCGCAGCGGAGCUGUCUCGCCGCCUUUCCUCAAAAGCCCCGUUGGAUUCUUCCAAAACCGCAAGCCGCUCUGGUGGGGUUGGUGGAUAGUGCGCGCUGCUGUGCUCGUUGGAAUCAUCGUUGUCUUUAUUGUCCUGCUCAACAACUUCUACCAUGCCCAGUCCAAGUGUGAAUGGUGCAAGUAUCUCAGUUGUCUUCCCGUCUUGGAUUGGUGCGAACAAGGAACCAUUAGAACAACUACUGCCACGUCGGGUCUUACCCCAGCCACGGCUGCUCCCCCGGGAGCGACUCGCAUGCCUAGCUUUUAACCAUCUUGAUUUCAAACGUUCUACGGCAGUCACUCGAAGAAGCGGUGCGCCUGAGGAACGGACUCUAUGCAAAGCGUCGGCGUUUUUGGAGAUUUCUUUACGACUCAACUUGAUAGUCUUUUACUACUAGAUACUAGAAUAUAUAUACAUUUUUAUC